UUCAAUCAACACACAUUUGGAUCGUUCGUGAAAAAAAACACACACAUUUGGAUCUCUUCAACGACAUGAAGUAUUUACUCGUUUUUUUUAUCGUUCUUGGACUCAACGCGAUCAAUGGCUACGAUUGCAAGAUCGUCCAGUUUAUAUUUGGAGAUUCAUUGUCCGAUGUAGGUAACAAUAGAAACCUACCGAGGAGUUUAGCUCAAGCGAAUCUUCCCUUUUACGGUAUAGAUUUUGGCAACGGUUUGCCUAAUGGAAGGUUCACUAAUGGCCGAACUGUUUCAGACAUUAUAAGUGAUAAAAUUGGGUUACCAAGACCAUUAGCCUUUCUAGAUCCAUCAAUGAAUGAAGAUGUAAUACUUGCAAAUGGAGUGAACUACGCCUCAGGAGGUGGUGGAAUCUUGAAUGAAACUGGUGGUUAUUUCAUCCAAAAAUUUUCUCUAUGGAAGCAAAUAGAAUUGUUCCAAGGGACACAAGAUGUAAUUGUGGCAAAGAUAGGGAAAAAAGAAGCAGAGAAAUUCUUCCAACAAGCUGGAUACGUCGUCUCUUUAGGCAGCAAUGACUUCAUUAACAACUACUUGAUGCCUGUCUAUAGCGAUUCUUGGAAGUACACUGAUCAAACAUUCGUCGACUACUUAAUGGAAACACUUGAAUCUCAACUUAGGGUGUUGCAUAGUUUGGGAGCGAGGAAGCUAAUGGUGUUUGGGUUAGGACCAAUGGGUUGUAUCCCACUCCAAAGAGCUUUAAGUCUCGAUGGUAAAUGUCAAAACAAAGCGAGUAGUCUUGCUGUGAGAUUCAACAAAGCUGCCACCACAAUGCUUAAAGAUCUUGAAACCAAGCUCCCAAAUGCAAACUACAAGUUUGGUGAAGCUUAUAACCUCGUCAACGAUGUUAUCACUAACCCACAAAAAUACGGAUUCGACAACUCGGAUUCGCCGUGUUGCUCGUUCUACAGAAUCAGGCCGGCGCUGACGUGUAUUCCGGCGUCGACAUUGUGUAAAGACAGAAGUAAGUAUGUGUUUUGGGAUGAGUAUCAUCCCACCGAUAAGGCCAACGAGCUCGUUGCUAAUAUUCUUAUCAAGAGGUUUGACUUCAUGCGUGCUGAUGACGGUACCUCCGAGGCUCCUUCUCCGUCCCCGGAUCUAGCUCCUUCUCCCGAUGAUAAAUAACUGAUAGUUGUCUUAAUUAUACAUACGUAAUAAUUUCAGUUUCUGUCUGUUUUGUUGAUCAUGCUGUGGAGACUCAGGAGAGUCUCGUUUGUUCUUGAUUUAAUUUACCUUUUCUGUUUGGUGAAAUAAUGUUCUUUGUUUUCUGUAAUAUAUUGAUAUUCCGUUGUAUUGGUUCACUCCCAAAUUUGUU